AUCUGGACUUGCAUUGGACUGGGGUUGUUUCUUUAUUUAGACUAAACAAAAUAGAAUCGUAGCCCUCCUCUCUCUCUCUCUCAAUUUGGAUUUUGUCAAAAUGUUUUGCAGAAUUUAUGCAGCAGAUAGCACCUCAGCAGAGAUUUGGUGAAGAAACUGCUCCGCGUAUUUUCCUCCUUUUUUCUUGUUUCUCUCGAACGCGCAUUGAUACUGUGCCGCUCUUCUCAGAAAAUUAAGGUGUCGGAGAUGAUUGAAUAUUUGUUGGAAUCUGUGAUGAUUCUUCAGCUUUUCGCCGACGCCGUUCAUACAUGAUCUUUUUCCUUGGCAGUGAGCUUUGUGCCUGUUGCUUCUUCUGUACAUAGUACUUUUUUGGUUUCUGCUUUUCCUCAGUUUUGCUAUUCUUAUGCUUGGAUAGCAAAGACGAACUCGAUCAAUUAAUCAAAAUGUCGACACUCGUACUGUCUCCAUCACAGCUGGAAGUAUCUGUUCAAUAAUGAAAAUUUUGCCAGUUUGUUGUUUUUACGUGUAUAUGGAUCAGAAUAUCGAUGUUCAUACUCUAUCAACAUCAGAUGGAAGUAUCUGUAAUUCACAACUGAAAUUUUACAGGAAAAUUAGAAAUUCACAAAUGAAAAUCUCAAUGGAAGAAAGGAGUUAGCGACUAAGGUGUUAUUAUGUUAGUGUUUGAUACUUUCCAGCAUAGUCUGUUUAUUUUGUUGUGCUGCUGGAAAUUGAACUGAUUAUAUAAUGACCUUGUUCAGAACUUCAGAUGCUUGUUAUGUAAAUAUAAUUUGGUUUCCCUCAUUAUUGCCUGCAUGAACUAGUAUUUAUGUGAUUGUUAACUAUAUAUUUUUCUCAAAGGAUAAUAGAGGUCAGCGGAAUUAUUUUUUUCUCCCGUCUCAAAAGUUUUGGUUUAGUGUCUGAAUCGUUGCGAGGUACAAUUUUGUACUAUUUUCAAGUUGUUCUAGGCUGUCAAGAUGCCGGAGAUUCAGUUAGGCGCUCACACAUUAAGAUCUCAUGGUGCUCAAGUAGCCAGGUUUCACAUGCAUGAUUGGCUUAUACUUUUUCUGCUUGUGGGGAUAGACAUCAUCCUCAAUGUCAUUGAACCAUUUCACCGGUUUGUCGGUCAAGAUAUGAUGACUGACCUGAAGUAUCCCUUGAAAGAUAACACCAUACCCUUUUGGGCUGUUCCGAUAGUUGGACUAAUAUUGCCUCUCACUGUCGUCCUUGUCUUCUACUUUAUUCGACGAAAUGUCUAUGAUUUACACCAUGCUCUGUUGGGAUUGCUAUUUUCUGUACUUAUAACUGGUGUUCUCACUGAUGCAAUUAAAGAUGCUGUUGGCCGACCUCGACCAGACUUCUUUUGGCGUUGCUUCCCUGAUGGUAAAACGUUGUUUCAUAAUGUGACAGGGAAUGUCCAGUGCACUGGAUCAAAGAGCGUCAUAAAAGAAGGUCAUAAAAGUUUUCCCAGUGGGCAUACUUCAUGGUCCUUUGCUGGGCUUGGCUUCCUGGCCUGGUAUUUGUGUGGUAAAAUUAGAGUGUUUGAUCGUAGAGGCCAUGUAGCAAAGCUCUGUCUCAUCUUUGUUCCGUUACUCCUGGCUGCAUUAGUGGGAGUUUCGAGAGUUGAUGAUUAUUGGCACCACUGGCAGGAUGUCUUUGCUGGAGGUCUAUUAGGGUUGACAGUUGCUUCAUUUUGUUACUUGCAAUUUUUUCCUCCACCAUAUGACAUAGACGGUACUCUUCUCUGCACUUAUUUUCAGUCAAUGAUUGCAAUGGCAUUGUCGACUGCACUGAAGUUUGAAAGAAAUUUUGUCCUGUUUCAAGUUAAUAUCUUGAGAAUGGUCGAUAACUAUCAAUAAAAGCUUCUUAAGAACAAUGUUGUUAGAGAGGUGAUAAAGUUAAGCAUCAGUCGCCGUGAAGUAAUAGAAUGUCCUGGCCAACAUCAUUUGCCUACCCCUGUUUCUAUGUUUUAGCGACUAUCGAAAUCUGGCCUCGUACUUUCCUCAUAAACUCAUUGUGCCAUUUCAUCUUCAGACCUAGAUUAGGGAAUGGUAGGAUUUGGUGCUACUAUUUUCCAGAAUCUUGCACGUUCUUAUAUGCCGUGAAAGUUCUCAUAUGGUAUUUAUUUGUAAAUUUUGACCACAGACUUUUUGAAAUGAAACCAUAAGGAUAUAGAUUCAAAAGAAAUGCUCGUAAAUUCUGGUUUGUGAUGGCGAUGCAGGUUGGGCACCUCAUGCAUAUCUCAACAUGGUGGCAGAGUCGCAGAGUGAAAACCGAGCAUCAACGAACCAUGGAAACCACCUCACUGUAAGACAGUCGGAAUUUGAGACUGUGCAAGUCUGAUAUAUCAAGUAGUGGAGACCAAUAUCGGAGUCCGAACUUGUUCAUUAAACGCUUGAAAGUGGGAGAAAACUGAGCUAGUGUUUGCACAUAGUAGAAAGAGGUUAAUACAUCUGUUAGAAGUAGAACUACUCUUACUACGAUGAUUUGCUUGGAUCAGUUGAAAACUCGCAGAUUUUGACAAAUUCUACUUCUAUUAUGAGAUUGUGAAGUAUGGCUUCUACUAGUUUUUUCUA